CCGCCAAAUCACAGCUAAUCCCUGUGAACUGUGCCUCGGGAGCAAUUGUCCUACUUCUAGUGGACACGCCUCCCUUUCUUCCUACAAAAUUUAAACAACUUUUCUCCACCAGUCCGCUUCCCGGUGCAAUUGCAUGUGUGUCAUGCAAGCCACCGUUCGUGGGCUGGCUGGAGAUAAUAAAUAUGCGAGACGCCGUCGACUCGGCUAUCACAUAUUUUAUUUGUUAAAUUGGGCGCCAUAUUGUUACGGAACUGCAUCUUUCCCGGAGGGCAGCGCCGGCUAGCCACGGAGUCCCAGGGCGGAGUACCCCCUAUGCCCUGCAGUCCGAACAAUCGAUUCCGACUCAUCGGACGUCUCACGUCGAUUUACCAUCUCUACCACAAAUCAAAACAAAACAAAGUUAUAUGUACAUCAAGCAAACUAAGACAAUUCGACGAAAUUGGUGGCUUCGAUGUCCUUGCCACGACGCACCCACCCAACCUUGGGUGCCCCAAGAAAGAUGUGGGAGGCACACCCCAUCUCCGGCAGACCGGAGUCUAUUCCUGGUGGAUUAGGAUCGGCUCAUCUCCCCGCCCAAGGCCGAUCUCAGACCGUCGCCCAGAUGAGAAGCGGUCAAAGCGGCAACAACCGAAAGGGAAAUUUUUAGACGCUUAAAGUUCCAAGUGUCAGGCAAAGUCGCCGCACGGCACUAAAUUGGAGGCGUUUGCCAACCGGGUCGCAUAAUCCUAAGGAGCUCCAAGGGAAAAGAAGGGACGUGCUGAUAAGGUAAGUACGCUAAACAAAUCCCACAAGUUAUUAAAUUUCGCGACCCAAUUUAGAUGUAGUUGGACGCGCGGCUAGGGUUCGGACUUGAGCCUCUAAUUU